AUGAUGUCCUGUGCCUCUUUCAAUAAACUGAUGUACCCGGCGCCCACAGAUGUUUCCAAAUUGCCGAUGGUUGGCUUGGACGUGGAAGCUGGAUCCAUGGGUUCUCUGUCCAGCCUUCAGGUCCUGCCAUCGACCAGAUCUGUGGGCAGUGGAGCACCCAGCGAGACCCAGAGCGAGAUCUCCUCGGUAGACAGCGAUUGGAGUGACAUUCGCGCCAUCGCUUUGAAGUUGGGUGUUCAAAACCCAGACGAUUUGCACACCGAACGUUUCAAGGUUGAUCGACAGAAACUAGAGCAAUUAAUAAAAGCGGAGAGCUCCAUCGAGGGAAUGAAUGGAGCCGAGUACUUCUUUCAUGACAUCAUGAACACGACGGAUACGUAUGUGAGCUGGCCUUGCAGACUCAAAAUUGGUGCCAAGAGCAAGAAGGAUCCGCAUGUGAGAAUUGUGGGUAAGGUGGAGCAAGUGCAGCGGGCCAAGGAGCGCAUUCUAAGUAGCCUAGACUCGAGGGGAACCCGAGUGAUCAUGAAAAUGGACGUUAGCUACACGGAUCAUUCGUACAUCAUCGGACGAGGUGGCAACAAUAUUAAACGCAUUAUGGACGACACCCACACUCAUAUCCACUUCCCUGACUCGAACCGCUCCAAUCCCACGGAGAAGUCCAACCAGGUGUCGCUGUGCGGCAGUCUGGAGGGUGUUGAACGGGCUCGGUCCCUUGUGCGGCUCUCGACUCCGCUGCUCAUCUCAUUCGAGAUGCCCGUGAUGGGACCCACCAAGCCGCAGCCUGAUCACGAGACGCCCUACAUUAAAAUGAUCGAGACCAAGUUUAAUGUGCAGGUCAUAUUCUCGACUCGUCCCAAGCUGCACACCUCGCUGGUUUUGGUCAAAGGUUCUGAGAAGGAAUCGGCUCAGGUUCGGGAUGCCACUCAGCUGCUCAUAAAUUUUGCUUGUGAGAGCAUUGCGAGCCAAAUCCUGGUGAAUGUCCAGAUGGAGAUAUCGCCGCAGCAUCAUGAGAUCGUCAAGGGCAAGAACAACGUGAACCUGCUUAGCAUAAUGGAGCGCACCCAGACCAAGAUCAUAUUUCCCGAUCUGAGCGACAUGAAUGUGAAGCCGUUGAAGAAGUCCCAGGUCACGAUCAGCGGCCGCAUCGACGACGUCUACUUGGCGCGACAACAAUUGCUUGGCAAUUUGCCCGUAGCAUUGAUAUUUGACUUUCCGGACAACCAGAAUGAUGCCUCCGAGAUAAUGAGCCUGAACACCAAGUACGGCGUCUACAUUACUUUGCGCCAAAAGCAGCGGCAGAGCACUCUGGCCAUUGUGGUCAAGGGAGUGGAGAAGUUUAUAGACAAAAUUUACGAGGCCCGCCAUGAAAUCCUGCGUCUAGCCACGCCGUUCGUGAAGCCCGAGAUUCCCGAGUACUAUUUCAUGCCCAAGGACAAGGACCUCAACCUGGCGUAUCGCACCCAGUUGACAGCUCUGCUGGCUGGUUAUGUGGACAGCCCGAAGACUCCAUCGCUGCUGCCGCCCGCUUUGACUGGCCAACUGACGCCUUAUGCCAACAACAAUCACCUGCUGUUGAACGCCAAUGGUUUGGCCACGCCCACCGGGAUAUGUGCGCCCACCCAGAAGUACAUGCAGCUACACAACAGCUUCCAGCAGCAGAGUCAGGGUCGUUCGAUGGUGGGUGGCAGUCAGAACAACAAUAUCAACUAUCUGCAGGUUCCUGGAGCGGUAGCUCCACUAAAACCGCCAACUGUUUCACCGCGAAACAGUUGCAGCCAGAAUACCAGUGGUUACCAGAGCUUCAGCAGCAGCACCACCUCGCUGGAGCAAUCAUAUCCUCCGUUUGCAAAUCUACCUGGAACCGUGUCUUCGACAUCAUCCUCAACGGCUGGAUGUCAAAAUCGGGCACACUAUUCGCCGGAUUCUACGUAUGGUAGUGAGGGAGGUGGUGGUGGUGUUGGCGGAGGAGGAGGUGGUGCGCGGCUGGGUCGACGCCUCAGCGAUGGAGUACUUCUUGGAUUGGGAAAUUCCAGUGGUGGAGGUGGAUCCUCGGGCGGAGGAGCCCAUCUCCUGCCCGGCAGUGCCGAGAGCUAUAGGAGUUUACACUACGACCUUGGAGGAAACAAGCACAACAGCCAUCGUGCCUUUGACUUCGACAUGAAACGUGCCCUGGGCUACAAAGCCAUGGAGCGCACUCCGGUGGCGGGGGAGUUGCGCACACCCACGCCCGCCUGGAUGGGAAUGGGCUUGAGCAGCACAUCGCCCGCUCCUGCCCCGCUGGAAAACGGGGACAAUGGAGGCGGUGGUGGGUCGUCAAAUGGAUGGCGCUUACCACCAGGACUGGGAUCCCCAUACGGAUUGAGUGCCACCACCGGACUACUGGAUGCCACUCCAGUCAACCGACGGAUGCAGCUCACCCAGCACAAGGACAUCCAGACCCUACUUACCAGUUUGGGUCUGGAGCAUUACAUCAAAAUUUUCGUGCUUAACGAAAUCGACCUGGAGGUGUUCACCACGCUGACUGAGGACAACUUGAUGGAGCUGGGUAUUGCGGCGUUUGGAGCUCGCAAGAAGCUGCUGGCGGCCAUUCACACGCUGCUGGCCAACGAGGCGGCCUGCAGCACAAUGCCCAGCAGCAGCUCCUCGCAGAACUCCUCGUCGCCGCGAUUUUCGGGAAGUGCGGCCCCGGGCGCUGAGCGCCGUCCCUCCAACCAGUGGUGAUUCGUUCCAGAUUGUUCGCCCCAUCACCUGGGUUGUUUUUUCUUAUCUUUUUUUUUUGCAUGCCCAUUUAUUUUGCUAGUCGUAAGAUCAGGAAAAUCGGAACGAAAAAAGAACUGUAGAAAAACCACGAAGAAAAUAGCAAGGCAUCUGGGCGAUUGACUUUCCCGAAAACACAGCCGUGACCUUGACUUAUACUCGCAUUUGUACUCAAAUUCCAAGUAGCAGAGCUGCAAGCGGGAAAGUGCCCAGGUUGCCUAAUUUGCCAAUAGAUCGUAGUAGCCUUUGUUUUAAGCGAUUAAUUUAUUUCGAAAUUAUUUAUGUAGAAAGCAGAGAAACCGUCUUAAACAAAAAUAUUGUGAAUUAUUUAUGAAAUCUAACUAAACGAAAUCACUUAUUGUAAGAAAUGAAUUUUUGUAAACUAACUGAAAUAGGAAAACCUAAAAAGAAAACCAACACAUGUAUUAAGUGAUAAGCAAAAAAAGUCACACAUAAACAUUUGAUAUGAAUAAAUUGAUGUCUAUGGAAAACAACCUGAA